AUGACGCUCGAUUAUAAUGAACAUCGAAGAGAAAUUGAGGCUGCCUAUAAAAGGGCAACCGAGUCAUCCGAUGGAGAUAAGUGGGUGAUUUUCGAUUAUGAGAGAAACUCGAACACGUUGAAAGUCUGCGAGGAAGGAACUGGAGGGCUUUCUGAAUUUGCUGAAAGCUUCAGUUCUGGGCGACUUCAAUUUGGUGUGAUUGCUGUACGAUUAAGUAGUGAUGUUCUACCUAAAAUUGUUCUUGUUCAUUGGCAAGGAGAAGGCGUUCAAACAUUACGAUUGGCCUCAGCAAGGUCGCACGCCGAAGAAUUUUGGAAAUUCUUGAAAACUGUUCAUAUAAUUCUUCACGCUCGUAGUGAAAUUGAUAUUGAACCUGAUGCGAUCCGAAAAGAAGUCUCGAAAUUGCCGUCGACAAAUACGAAUGCAAAUGUGGAAUCUUCAUAUUCGAUUCCGGAAAUACAUGAAUCGUCCUCUAAACCAACAACUAGAGAUGAGUUUUGGAAUAAAAUGAAUGAGGAGGAAAAGCGACGAAUGGCUGAAGAGAAAAAAGUUCGAGAAGAGGAAGAAAAGCGUCGUGUUGCUGAGGAAAAGUUGGUUAAUGAAAUGAAACAGCAGCAGUUCGAAGAAGAUCGCAAACGGAUUGCCGAUGAUAUUCACGCUAAGCUGCAAAUUCAGGAGAAGGCGUCUAGUAACGGAGUGGACAAGACGCCGUCGAAUACUGUUCCAGUCUCAGUUUUACCAUCCCAUAAUUCAACUCCGGUGUACACGGCUUAUGAAGUACCUCCGGUAGAUACAUCAACAUUCUCGUCACCGUAUCCUUCUUCAUCACCACCAGAUCCGCUCUCAUAUGGUUUUCAAUACGGUGUUGUGCCUAAGUACACCCCAGAGCCCGAGCCAGUCAAAAGGGCGCGUUCUAAUAUUUCAAGAGAUGAAUUCCGGAAUAAGAAGAAUGAAGAAGAAAAGAAGUAA